AUUAAAGUUUCUGUUUAAAAAAUAAUCAAGUUAAAAUAAGUGAUUAAUCUUUUUACUGCUUACUAUCAAAUAUAAAUUUAGAAAAAUAAGUAACAAUAAGUUUUUAAAAAUUUCUUUUUCAAAUGCGUUAUGCCUUUCUGACGUUCCAUACAAAUAUUUUAUUUUACUAUUAUAUCUAAAAAAUAUUAAAAUGUAGAUUUAUAUACCACUUAAGUUAUACCAAUUUUAUUUUUUAUUUUAAAUGCAAGAAUAACUUUCAUUUUUAGCGACCAGAAGUAUAUGCUUUCAUAUUCGCAAUAUACCGAAUACCAAAAUUCUACAAGUGUUUCGCUUCUGUUUGAAGUGAAUAAAAAUAAUCUUUAAAUUUCUUCGCUACAACGAUGAUAUUUAAAUUAAGGAUUAACGCAUUUUUCUUUACGGAAUCGAAAACUAUUCGAAUUUUCGCUUCGGAGAGUGCAAAAGCGACCACUUGUACGUCACAAAACGGUAGAAACAAUUAACGUGACGACAUCACGUCAGACGAACAAUUAAUCUCCUCCCCCCAGGCAUAUCCCCUCUCCCUCGCCUCAUCGCGUAUCUAUUAUUUCCGAAAAAGCAGGAGGUUGAUUGGCCCGCGCGUGCAUAUACGCAUAUUUUCCGCGUCUAUUGCGCGUCGAAAAUCACAUCGUCGUACGGAAAGCGUAUGUACCGCCGCCGCCGUCGCCGCCGCCGGUGACCACGACGCGGCGCGACGGUGGCGAUCUCGAAUGCACGGAAAGUCGGUUCCCGUUUUGUCCCGUUCCCGAAAGCGGGGCUGGCUGCCUGGCUCGUCCAUCGCGCGCGCGAGGAACGGAGAAAUGUAGCGCCGCUGCUCCGGAGCACGGCUACGACGCGUCGCAGCAGCAGCAGCAGCGAGAGCAAGAGCGGGUGGCUAGGAUACGCGGGGGCAGGGAGAGGGAGGAGAAAGAGAGAGAGAGAGAGACGAGCGCGCAGCGCGAGCGCGGUCGCUGGCGGUUUUCGUCGUGCGGUGCGGUGGUGCGCUGGUGCGAGAGAGGAGCCGCGCGCAACGAGCCGGGUAACACGUAACACCGUUCGCUAGCAGCGGAGCAGCGGAGUAUUCGCGCGCGCGUUGGCCAAACGGAGUCGGCGGGUCCGACGCGAGUGACCGCCCGUGGCUGCGAGUUUCCGCCGUGCGUGAUUUCUGUCAGAAGUCGUGCGCCGAAACGCGAGAGGCCGUAUGAUGACGACGGGCCUGACACGGGCGUCGUAGAUCGGCCGUCGUCGUCGUCGUCGUCGCCGUCGCCGCUGCCGCUGUCGCCGCCACCAACGACGUACGUCGUUGCGUGCGUGCGUACGUGCGUGCGUGCGUCGCCGUGGUGUCCAACCUCUCGGAGUUCGGCGGGGCCAAACCACCUUCGACGUACGACAUGGCGGGCUUUCAUGACAGAGACAGGGCCCUGUUUCCGAUCCGAAGCAUCUCCGCGAUUGUGCAGAUCUUCAAGAAUCAGCUGGAGAACAGCGCCGAGCCGGACCUCGCGCUGCUCUCGAUCCUCAUCGGCGCGGUCGAGAACUCCCUUACGUGCAACCGCGUCUUCACGCCCCAGGAGAACGCCGUCUACGACGAGCCGAAGCUGCCGCCGGUCGAGUACCACAUCGCCGAGGCGCUCUACACCAAGUUCCACGCGGUGAUCAAGGGCGCCGUCGAUCUCACCGUCUACGACACCAAGUACGCCACCCGGGAGCUCGUCAAGAAGGUCUCCGACGUGAUAUGGAAUUCCCUCACCAGGAGCUAUUACAAGGACCGGGCGCACCUGCAGAGCCUCUACAGCUACCUCACGGCGAACAAGCUCGACUGUUACGGGGUCGCCUUCGCCGUGGUGGCUGGCUGCCAGGUCCUCGGCUUCAAGGACGUGCACCUUGCCAUGUCCGAGGAUCAUGCGUGGGUCGUGUAUGGAGAGGACGGUACGGAAACCGCGGAGGUUACAUGGCACGGUAAGGGAAACGAGGAUAAACGUGGGCAGCCGGUAGAGCCCGGUGUAGCGUCUCGAUCGUGGUUGUAUUUAAAUGGCCAGGCGAUGGUAUGCAGUCGUGCUUUGGAAGUGGCUACCAUAGUGUCGGCCAUAAAUCCUAGUCUUAACGCGACCACCGACGCGGCCGAAGUGGCGUUGCUCCAGCAGGAGUUACUGUGGCUGCUUUAUGACCUGGGCCAUCUAGCGAAAUAUCCCAUGGCACUUGGUAACCUGGCCGAGCUGGAGGAGGCUGCGCCUACACCUGGGAGACCACCGCCUAUAGAUCUCUUUCAGGAGGCCGUGAGAUCAGCGAGGAAAUACUAUGGAAACGCACAUGUCUAUCCUUACACUUAUCAAGGUGGAUAUCUGUACCGGCACGGACUACACGUCAACGCGUUCGCGUCGUGGGCCGAUGCCGCGGAUGUUUUGCGAAAAUACGAUUAUUCGCGGGACGACGGGGAGAUAUACAAGGAACUGCUGGAGAUUGCCAAUGAACUGAUACCGCACGCGGUACGCGUCGACGAGCGUCUGUUGCGGCAACCGCGCUGCUUCGCGUACCUGCUGCGAUUCUACGAUGGUAUUUGCCAAUGGGAGGAAGGCGCCAACACUCCCGUGCUGCACAUAGGUUGGGCCCGCCCACUCGUGAACACGAUUUCCAAGUUCGAUGCCAGUAUACGCGCUCAAGUCGUCAUCGAGUGCUACGAGACGGAGGUCAAGCAGAAGGAGGAGAGCGCGGCGCAAAAGAGGGAAACGAGUCCCGAGGAGACUUUGAACAACAACAAUAAUAAUUAUUGCAAAACGAAAGAGAGAGGAAACGCAGCGCGAGAUCUGAUCAAGAGCCUAGAGUCCAAAGUGCCCGCCAAUUCGGCGUCGACCCAUCCUAGUAUUCAAGCCCUAACGGCGGCUUGCAGCGAGAAGAUACUUAACAGAGAUUACCUACUGCAGGGCGGCGGCGAGCCAUUUGUUGCACCGCCAGACGACACUCUACCGCCGGCGGCGCCCUCCACCUCCAAGGAGAACAACGUGGUCGAGCCCAAGGUGGAGACCACCGAUUCGGAAAACGAGAAGCCGCGGAUAACGCUGUACAGUCAGAAGAUGAAGGGUCUCAAGGAUCUUUUGCUCGCGGAGAAGCUCAACACCCACGCGAUCUCGCUACAGCUUACCGCUCAGAGUCAGGUACAAAUCGGGAAGAAGUCGCGCGGCGGCGACGAUGUAGGAGUCAGUCAGCGUCCCAAGAGGACGCGCCGGGAAUAGUAUAAGAUCUUCGACCGACGUUUCGGUAUAGUGAAGUAUUGAAAGUGCCACCACCACACACAUACACACACACACACACACUUGUCAAAAGAGAUUAAACUCUCCGCUCCGCGUGCUCGCGUCGCGAGCGGAACGGUCAGACUAUCCGUUGCGCGGCCUACGCGCAAAACAGUCAUUAAGGUAUACCGACCUCUUCGCUCUCGGUAUCUGGCAUCCCGCCGGAUCCGGCACCUGGGGUGCGCGGGAGGAUUCUCCCUCCGGUUGGACUCCUCCGGAAUCUCGACUCGAGAGGCGUCGUGAUGAAUUUCGUGCCGUUUUUGAUUUUUGAAUGAAGCCCUCCACGGUGCUUUUCUCGUUUUGCAACGACGCCGCGGGUCUUUGCGAGACAACGUUUACGUUACCGUCGGGGAUAUAUCGCCGUUAGUAUAUAUAUAUAAAUAUAUAUUGAGUAUAAAGUAGAUAUGGAGAAAGAAAAAAAUUGUAGAAAAGUACAAAAAAGUUUUCCCCAACUCUCUUUAAAUUAAAUGGACGGAAUCGCGCGAGUCGGCUCCCCCAUUGUCUCGCUGAUCGUCGAACUCAUGAUUCGAGUGUGUAAAUAGUAUGUCUCUCUUGAUUCUUCCACAGUGCGUACAGAGCUGUGACUUGCGAUAUAAAAAUGCGGAGAAGGGGAGGGGGGAGUGGAAAAAGAAUCGAAAAUAUUGUACCUAAUCUGUCUCCACGGGUAGACCGAUCUUUUUGUGGAGCACAGUUAUUUAUUCUACGAAUUAUACAAUUUGUCGACGAUAUAUCGCCGGGGCGAAGAAGAUGCGUCGCUCUUUUGCGGUCGUCACUCUUUGUCAUACGUAUAUAUAAUCUCUUGUUGCACUCUUAUUUAUUGAUUCACGUUUUUUCUAUUUGAGCUAUUGCACUAUUGAUAAUUGCGCGAUUGACAAGUUGCCGUUAAUGUUUUUUACACUUGGUAGUUGAACCUUCUGUUAGAAUUACGCUUCUACGAUCUAGUAAGGGAAACACAUUCCACUCCGCAUGUGGUGCAAAUUAAUUAAGUUCUUACCUUAAGGUAUUUUAAGCAUAAAACUCUCGCUUAUUUUUAUAACUAUUUAUUUUCGGGAUAAUUGUAAGUAUCUAACAUUUGUAAGACUCCUCUAUUUUACUGUUUGUCGAUGAGAGGCGGAGAAUGAGCAUUAGACAGUUCGUCAUCCUGAUCUUUGAAUCUGAACCAUUCGCGAGUAUGCGAGACGACGUUUAUUUCGAAAGAGAAUAAGAAGGCGCGCUUUAGCAUAGCGAAUUUUAUUAGCGAAUUGCGUGUCGUUUGAUUAUCAGUCGUGUGCACAAUCUCUUUUCCGUUUUAAUAACAUAGGUUAUUGACGUGUUUAUUAUUUAUUGUCUGGUAAUGGACUUGAGAAUUGGCGCUUACAUUCGCCCGCUCUAGAAAUUUGUAUUCAUUUAUCUCUCGUCCUUUUUUAAUCUGUCGUGAAUGAAGGAAAAAUAAAACAGAAUGGCGAUUCUUACGAUCGCUCUUACGGUCGCACUCGCGAUUAUGUGACUAUGAUCGUGUUUAGUUAAUCGUUGACUCACGCGCAGAACCAGAGUAGACAUUCCGGCUGUUAAUCAUCUUCAAUCCGAAAUGCAGUUCUACGUUUCACCCUAUCCAAAUUUUUAAUUAAUACUCUUUCUCUCUCUUUCUCUCUCUCCUCACUUUCGUGCAGGCGACUGAAGUACUCUACGGUCGCCCUGUGUCCGUAGUACGUAAAAAAAAA